UUUUUAAAGGUCAUCAGUGAGAAGUGGAGAAAUGGCUAAAUUGACCCAGUUAAUCGACAAUGAAGUCUUCAGGGCUUAUGCUACUUAUGCAACUGUUGUUCUUCUAAAAAUGAUGCUAAUGAGUGUUAUAACAGCAUACUUCAGAAUCACAAAAAAGGCAUUUGUCAACCCAGAAGAUACACUAUCACAUGGUAAAGGCGAGGCUGCAAAAAAAUACCUGCGGACUGAUGCAGAUGUCGAACGUGUACGCAGAGGCCACCUGAAUGACCUUGAAAACAUUGUCCCAUUUCUUGGCGUUGGACUGCUGUAUGCUCUUACUGGCCCUGAGCUGUCCACAGCCUUGCUGCAUUUCAGGAUCUUCGCCGCGGCGAGGAUCUCUCACACUUUUGCGUACUUGAUCCCGCUUCCCCAGCCCAGCAGAGGUCUGUCUUGGGCAGUUGGGUAUGCAGUGACCAUCCUGAUGGCAUACAGAGUGCUGAAGACGGCGUUGUACCUGUAGCAGAGUCGUGUACCGUUCAACGUUCCACGCAAAGUUUCCAG